CCCACGCCAGCACCAAGGACCAAGCAGAAGAAGCACCGGGCAAGCAAAGGGAACGAACCAAGGGCAAUCGUCCACCUCAGUCUACUGUCUAAGACUGCCCAUCCAAUUCAAUUCCCAUUUGACCCCCGACUUGCCGUUCCAUUCUUCUACUCCACCGUCCCCGGCCCUUUCUUCCUCUCUUGGGCCUACUUUCUUUCUCAAUCGCCGUCUCGUGUCGUUUCGUCUCUGGCCACUGCAGCUCCCCACGUCCUUGGAGCCCAACUCGCAUUCGACUUCAAGUAGAGCCAGCACCGCUGUUUGUGCCGUCUCAAUUUGCUUUGCCCAAGACUUUUCAGUCUUCGCCCUCACUACUGCUCAGCUUAUGGCUACGAUUCAAGGCCAACUCCAACACCAUCGUGGCUCGAUACGACCGCCUUCACCCUCGUGGUACCGAUACCUAGAGACCCAAUUCGAAUCCCAGCACGGCGGCAAUACAUAGCCCGAACCUGCUGCACCAACCUACCUUACUCCGUACACUACCUUACCUGCUUCGUACUCCGUACUGCGAACCCUGCAUUUAUACGAGUACCUGGUAGUGUACACUGCAUCGCCUGUCCACCAAUUCCGCCUGCUCCUUCGUGCGCCACCGCACAAGACGAAUACCCAAUCUCGCUCUGAAGCAUACCCUGCAUGCUACCCGUCCCGUCACCAACCUCGACAUUCACUCUCUCAGAACCCUUCACAAUUCGGCUCCGUUUUCCAUACAAAAUCCACCAGAUCAGCGGAUCCUUCCCUACGGAUACCACUCCUCCCAGACUCUCUUACGUCGCACUCGCGCCCUCCUCGUCCACAACGUCCACGCUGUCCCACCAGACCACAACCCGCACUCGCACUGGGUCCGAUUCAACUCCCCCCUGCUGCUCCGUACAACGACACACGCCACGGGGCGAACCGCACACACUGCCUGUCACGCGUUCGUUUGUCGAGCUGGCUGCUGGCGGAUCCUGCAAUUGUCAUUUGCAAACCUCGCCUUUCAGACGGACCCAUCCUGGCCCAACCUCGCUUUUGCAUCAACAAAGUCAAUUGAUGACACAAACCUUCUGAUCCGCACCAUCGCCCACCAUGCCUUCCACCGGUUCCAAACGAUUUGAGCUCCCCAAGCUGGACUUCAAGUUCGGCUCCUUGACCGAGGGAACCAACAUCCCCCCGCCGCUCCCCAGCCCCGUCCAGGAGGUCCCCACGCCUCCCCAGACCCCGCGUGUGAGCGAAACCAAGGACUCCGGGUCCGCCGUCAAGGAAAAGGUUGAGAACAAGACAAAUGGUCAUACGGCAGCAGUGCCAGGCUCGCCCGCCACCACCAAUGAAGGCGAAACUCAGUCCGCCCACAACCGUCCCAUGAGCCGUAGUCAAGGCAGCAUCAUCGACGAGAAGAAAUCGAAGCGAAGCAGCGGCUGGUUCAAGAGGUUGAGGACCAGCGAGUCCUCCCCGCCACAUAAACGAUCCAGUAUCGUCUACGAGCACCCCAACGUCAGCGAGACCAGCAGCCAAACGCAAAGCAAGCCUCAGAUCACUCAGCCGCAGGCACAGGCACAGGCACCUCAGGUCCAAGGACCUCCGCCGCCCAUGAUCCCCGAGCUAAGCGCCCUCCAGGCCAGGCUGGACGUAGGGGACGGGGGCAGUCUUGGAGACGACUUAUUCAAGAACAUCAAAUAAUUACUGACUAGAUGCGGCCAAACUCCGACAUUAGUCAUGACUAAUAUCUACAGAGCUACCGGUUUUUGGAGUCGGGAACCGGCUUCUUUGUCGAAUGCGAAAGAAAAAAGAAAAAAAACAAAACCACCUUAUAUGCGCCGACGAGCGAACGACCGAAUCCGAGCGGAUGCACCAAUACGAUUUCCUAGCGUUUUCUUCAAGUUGAACUUCAUUUCGAGCCAGAGCUGGGAGACGAAGAGGCGGGGAUGGAACGGAGCAGAUGUGAAAAGCAGCGGAGGCAAGAUUGGAAGAAGUUAUGCAAGAUACCCAGCUCGCGCCGCGGGCUCAUUCUGACAUACGUUGUUUACACUUUCUUUGUUUUGUGUGUUUCUCUUCAUCUCAUUGCGCUGUCUGGGAGAUACAGGCACCAUGGUCCCCGAAUCUCUUUUCCUUACGGGCUUAUUGGUCAAACCCUUUCCUACUUCUACGACUUACCUUCGAAUGUACAUGUUGAUGUUUACGGGUUUGAUGGAGAAGCUUGUGGUGGUUAAGAAACGGUGGCGAGGCUGACGACCGAUGGAGGAACGAGGAACAACUCGAGCUCGCGUCAGCUCUCACAUGGCACGAGACAGUGUGCAACUAUCAUUGGCGAAGAUGCUUUGGGCUUAGCUACGAUGGCUGAAAACGCCAUAUCACGGAGCAAUUGGCCAAGUGCAUCCCGAUGCCGCUGGUGCUUAUGUGGCAACCGCAGCAGUAAUAGAGACUACAUUUUACGACCUACACUGAUGUUCGCCACGUUUUGAAUGGGUGAGAAUGUCACUCGGCUUGCAAGGACUGACGCAACGUUGGCAACGUACCGAAGUUGGUGAGAAAAGAAGAUGGUGACAGAUGGACCCCCGCGUCAUCCGAACCUGACGCUAUGGCCCC